CAACAGAAAGCCAGUGAGCCUCCAUCUAUGUCCUUCCCAUCCACAUCCAAGUCGUCCCAGACCGUGUCAACAUGGCAUGGUUUUGGGCAGAAGGUGCGUCUCCUGGCCCCUUACCUGUGGCCCCGAGGCAGCCUGCCUCUUCAGGUAAUGGUCCUGCUCUGUCUGGCCCUACUGGCCAUGGAAAGGGUCAUCAACGUCUUCGUCCCCAUCUACUCCAAAAACAUAGUGAAUAAUCUGUCUGAUGGCAGCAGCUGGAGGACCCUGGCCACCACCGUGUGUAUUUAUGUCCUGCUCAAGUUCCUCCAGGGUGGAGGGGCAGGUACAUCAGGGUUUAUCAGUAACCUGAGGUCCUUCCUGUGGACGCAGGUCCAGCAGUACACCAGUAGGGUGGUUCAGGUCCGUCUGUUUGGUCACCUCCACUCCCUGUCGUUGCGCUGGCACCUGGGGAGACACACUGGGGACGUUCUGAGUAGUGUAGACCGAGGAACAUCUUCUAUCAACAACCUGCUCAGCUACAUCAUCUUCAGUAUCCUGCCCACCAUCGCUGAUAUAGUCAUCGCCAUCCUCUACUUUGUAUCCUACUUCAGUGCCUUGUUCGGCCUCAUCGUCUUCAUCUGCUUGCUGAUCUACCUCACUUUCACCAUCCUGAUCACUGAGUGGAGGACCAAGUACAGACGAGACAUGAACACUCAGGACAACAACGCCAAGUCUAAGGCUGUGGACUCGCUGCUCAACUUUGAGACGGUGAAAUAUUACAAUGCUGAGGGGUAUGAAGUGACCUGCUUCGAGGAGGCAAUUCUGAAGUACCAGCAGUCAGAGUGGAAGACCAACGCCUCGUUGGCCCUACUGAACCAGACCCAGAACCUGAUCAUUGGCUCAGGGCUAUUAGCAGGUUCUCUGCUCUGUGCUUACAUGGUCACAGAAGGCCAGUUCCAGGUUGGUGACUAUGUCCUGUUUGGCACCUACAUCAUCCAGCUGUACACUCCUCUCAACUGGUUUGGUACAUAUUACAGACUAAUCCAGAGUUCCUUUAUUGACAUGGAGAACAUGUUCAAGAUCUUAACAGAACACAAAGAGGUGAAAGACGAUGUCAGCGCCACAGACCUCCAGUUGACAACUGGCGAGGUGAAGUUUCAGAACGUGUGCUUCAGCUACACUGAGGGGAAUGUGAUUCUCAGGGGUAUAUCGUUCACUGUGAUGGCCGGCCAGACUGUUGCUCUGGUGGGCCAGUCUGGUUCAGGUAAAAGCACUAUCCUCCGUCUGCUGUUUCGCUUCUAUGACGUCCAGGGAGGAUGCAUCCGUAUUGAUGAACAGGAUAUAUCCAGGGUGACCCAGACCUCUCUCCGCUCCUACAUCGGUGUGGUUCCUCAGGACACGGUGCUCUUCAAUGACAGCAUAAGAAACAACAUCCGGUACGGACGCAUUCCCGCUAGCGACCAGGAGGUGGAGGAGGCUGCCCUCGCUGCGGACAUACACUACAAGAUCCUGUCACUGCCCGAGGGGUAUGAGACCCAGGUGGGAGAGAGGGGUCUGAAGCUGAGUGGAGGAGAGAAACAGAGAGUAGCCAUCGCCCGUACAAUCCUGAAGGACCCCCGUAUUAUACUGCUGGAUGAGGCCACGUCAGCCCUGGACACACAGACAGAACGCAACAUCCAGGCUUCACUCUCCAAAGUCUGUGCCAACAGGACCACUAUAGUAGUAACGCACAGACUGUCAACCAUCGUUGGCUCAGACCAGAUCCUGGUAGUCCAUGAUGGCCAGAUUGCCGAGAGAGGGAGGCAUGAGGAGUUGCUGUCCCAGGGAGGUUUGUACUCUGCUAUGUGGCUGAAACAGCAGCACAGCACAGCCAAGACAGAGACAUACAACUCUAACCCAGAGGGUCAGCAGGCCACUACUCCCCACCACGGUCCCUGAGCCAGUAUCCCAGCACAGAGCUAACAUACAGCUAACCAGGGAACAGAGGAGCAGAUUGAGCCCAGGAUAGAGCUCAACCAUCUGAAGGAAAAGAUUCAAAUCAUAUUGUGGCAUUUUGGGCGGGUACGGCGAGGUUCUGAGGCGAGUUUCAAACUUAGCAUCCUAAGGUACAUCUAGCAUCCAAGAUACAUUACUGCUGCUCCAAGAAAAGCUGGUUACACUAGACGGUGACUUUAGAAAACUAGUUACACUAGAUGGUAACUUUACAAAGCUAGUUACACUAGAUGGUAACUUUACAAAGCUAGUUACACUAGAUGGUAACUUUACAAAGCUAGUUACACUAGAUGGUAACUUUACAAAGCUAGUUACACUAGAUGGUAACUUUACAAAGCUAGUUACACUAGAUGGUGACUUUACAAAGCGAGUUACACUAGAUGGUAACUUUACAAAGCUAGUUACACUAGAUGGUAACUUUACAAAGCUAGUUACACUAGAUUGUAACUUUACAAAGCUAGUUACACUAGAUUGUAACUUUACAAAGCUAGUUACACUAGAUGGUAACUUUACAAAGCUAGUUACACUAGAUGGUAACUUUACAAAGCUAGUUACACUAGAUGGUAACUUUACAAAGCUAGUUACACUAGAUGGUAACUUUACAAAGCUAGUUACACUAGAUGGUAACUUUACAAAGCGAGUUACACUAGAUGGUAACUUUACAAAGCUAGUUACACUAGACGGUGACAUUACAAAGCGAGUCACACUAUAUUUAAUGAUAACACAUGGUGUAUGUGGGAAGCAGACUCCCAACUCUGGAUAAGCUGUGUCAAAUACCCUCAGACCAAAGAUGAUGAAUUGUGUGUUAGAGGAAACACUCCAACUUUAACUGUGAAUUCUACUGCUGUUCUAUUAAACUGAUUGUGACGGACAUUUAUUAAAGUCUUGAUCAGUUGCACAUCACCCAUAAGUACAUUGCAAUAAAU